AUUUUUUCUAUUAUUAUUAUUGCUUCAGUAAUCUUAUUAAUCACAACUGUUGUUAUAUUUUUAGCUUCAAUUUUAUCAAAAAAAGCUUUAAUUGAUCGAGAAAAAAGAUCACCUUUUGAAUGUGGAUUUGACCCUAAAUCUUCUUCUCGAUUACCAUUUUCAUUACGAUUUUUUUUAAUCACUAUUAUCUUUUUAAUUUUUGAUGUAGAAAUUGCUUUAAUUCUUCCUAUAAUUAUUAUUUUAAAAUAUUCUAAUAUUAUAAUUUGAACAAUUACUUCGAUUAUUUUUAUUUUAAUUUUAUUAAUUGGGCUAUACCAUGAAUGAAAUCAAGGUAUAUUAAAUUGAUCAAAUUAA